AUGACUCAAGAAGACGCUUACGAGUGUCUUCAAGUUCUACCUCAGCACAUGAAUAUGAAUAGAGAGGGGACGGGAUCAAGUGCAGUCGUCGUAACACAGCGUUCGAGUCGUAUGAUCACCGGCUCCAUCUACUCUUGGAUGUCACGAAAUCGGACAGUGUGA